GAAAAUGAUUUCCUAACAGAGAAGGGGCACUUUACCUCAUCCCCAAGAAAGAACGCCAACGAACCCUAUUCUUUCGUCCCUUUCCAUUUCACAAAUUGGAUCUUGUUCUUGCGACUCCGAUUCUCUCUGCAACCCAAUUUGUCAGCAAAUCCGUUUUCGCUGCUCUCUCCGUUGUCUGAAUUUCAUCUCACACUCAUCGCCGUCGCCCACGUUCCAGUGUUCAAGUCUGUAACAAUGUCAACAUCUUAUCUACCUGCCACUACUGAUUCAAUUGCUGAGGCUUUAGAAGCUAACAAUUCGUCAGAGUCUAUCUCAAUCCUUUACCGUAUUCUUGAAAACCCUUCAUCUUCCCCUGAGGCUCUACGGAUAAAAGAACAGGCCAUAACAAAUCUCUCGGAUCUUCUCAGGCAAGAGAAUCGUGCAGAGGAUCUUCGGAACCUUUUGACUCAACUUAGGCCUUUCUUUAACUUGAUACCAAAAGCAAAAACAGCAAAAAUUGUCCGAGGAAUCAUUGAUGCCGUGGCUAAAAUACCCGACACAUCUGAUCUACAAAUUUCCCUAUGCAAGGAAAUGGUUCAGUGGACACGUGCUGAGAAGCGAACUUUCCUUCGGCAACGGGUUGAGGCCAGGCUUGCAGCUCUUUUGAUGGAAAAUAAGGAGUACCCGGAAGCCUUAAAUCUCCUGACUGGAUUAAUCAAGGAAGUAAGAAGACUGGAUGAUAAGCUCCUCCUCGUAGACAUAGAUCUACUGGAAAGCAAGCUCCAUUUUUCUCUGAGGAACCUCCCUAAAGCGAAGGCUGCACUUACUGCCGCAAGAACAGCUGCUAAUGCCAUAUACGUGCCUCCAGCACAACAGGGCACUAUUGACUUGCAGAGUGGAAUCCUUCAUGCGGAAGAGAAGGAUUACAAAACUGCUUACAGUUAUUUCUUUGAAGCUUUUGAAGCCUUCAAUGCUCUUGAAGAUCCCCGGGCUGUAUUUAGCCUCAAAUAUAUGUUGCUGUGCAAAAUAAUGGUUAACCAGGCUGAUGAUGUGGCAGGAAUAAUUUCAUCAAAAGCGGGUCUACAAUACGUGGGAAUUGAGCUAGAUGCCAUGAAGACUGUAGCUGAUGCACAUUCCAAACGUUCAUUAAAGCUUUUUGAGAUGGCACUUAGAGAUUUUAAGGCUCAACUAGAGGAAGACCCUAUUGUCCACAGGCAUCUCUCUUCUCUCUAUGACACUUUGUUGGAGCAAAAUCUGUGCAGGUUGAUCGAACCAUUCUCAAGAGUUGAGAUUGCUCAUAUUGCCGACCUGAUUGAACUGCCAGUGGAUCAUGUGGAAAAGAAGUUGUCUCAGAUGAUUCUAGACAAGAAGUUUGCAGGGACCUUAGAUCAAGGUGCUGGAUGCCUAAUCAUUUUCGACGACCCGAAGACUGAUGCCAUAUAUCCAGCCACACUGGAAACCAUUUCCAACAUUGGCAAGGUUGUGGAUAGUCUCUAUGUUAGGUCAGCAAAGAUAAUGGCAUAAGGUUUCUGGCAUCAGACUGAACCCGCUUCGUGCGAGCUGCUGUAGUUUUGCACUUCGGUUGCCUUGGUAUGGAACUGCCAUGUUUUUUUACUCUUGAAUUUCCAAAAGUACGUCUAUAUGGUGAUUUAAAAGAACUUUAGUAUGAAGUUGUAGCUGCAGAAAGACGGUUUAGGCUCAUUAUUAAAACUUGAAAUGAAUUUAGAUCAGUGUGUGUACCUUGCCUCU